AUGCCAAACAGGGUCCUCAAAUCUCAUCGUCGAAAGUCGGGUCAAGAAACUUUCAAAAGUGUUUAUAUCCCCAAGGACCAUCAUGAUCCUUCAGGCCUAGGACCAUUAGAGUACCAUAUCGCCGACAUCGGAUCUCAGUUUUCCUCCGUCGCGAACCCUGGGAUCCAGGAACGGUCACAAGCAACCAAAACAGCCACUUUUCUUGAUCCAACACUUCUUCAACACGACCAUCAAAAGCCAAACGUUUCAUCGCCCCAGGAUAAGAACGCUACUGGUUACUCUAACCUUGCCUAUGGUGAAGGCUUCCUCUCUUACGCCAAACAAGAGCAAAAGAGCGAGCCAUGGUGUCACCUUUAUGCCACAGAUAUCCCUGCCGAUAAGAACAAGAAAAUCAGCGAGAAUUCGAAGCUGUAG